AUGGAUACGUCUGCAGCUCCCCCGAAAAUGACCUCUGACUCAUUCAAGCCGUUGCUCCUCAAACUCAUCAAUACGCCUGGAAAGUUUACUCCAGAGGAUACCAAAAGCGCUAUGCACCAUCUCGCUACUCAUGGUUGCGUCCUGCCAGCACAGGCGGGAGCGUUCCUUGCUGCUCUCAAAUCUUCUCGUAUCGAGCAUUUGCCAGAAACCCUUGCGGCUGCGGCUGAAGUUAUGAGGAGUUAUGCUGUACACGUUCCACUCGAUGAUGAACAUGUACCGGCGGUCGAUAUCGUCGGUACAGGCGGCGAUGGCCAUAAUACAUUCAAUGUCUCGACAACAGCUGCUAUCGUUGCUGCUGGCGCAGGGGCCAGAGUGGUCAAGCACGGUAAUAAAGCCUCGACAUCUUCAUCCGGCUCUGCAGAUAUCCUCCUUGCAUUAGGAUGCCCACUCGCUCCUCCAUCCCCAGAACCCACCCCUCUUCCAAAUAAACCAUUCACAUUCCUUCUGGCGGCGCAUCAUCACCCUGCCCUAACCUCUCUCGCACCAGUCCGCAAGGCCCUCCCGUUCCGAACUGUAUUUAAUGUUCUGGGGCCCCUCAUCAACCCCGCAGCACCAAAGCGCAUGAUAUUGGGAGUUUACACACGCGAGUUGGGCCCAGUUUUUGCGGAGACUUUAAGAGGAAUGGGCGUCGAGCGGGCGUUAGUAGUAUGCGGGAUGGAAAGUUUGGACGAGAUCAGUAUUGCUGGCGGGACCUGGGCUUGGUCGCUCGAAAACGGAGACAUAACAACGACAACCCUUCAUCCCUCCCAUUUUGAACUCAAAACUCACCCCUUGAGCACUGUAGCAGGCGCAUCUCCCGACACCAAUGCUCAGAUGCUUAUUGAUAUCUUAAAUCCCAACACGCCAUCCCACUCUCCGACCGAGUCUGUCCCUGCCCCCGCAGAGGGCGUAACUUCGGACCCUGGAGCAAUUCUUGACUUUGUUUUAAUGAAUGCUUCGGCUCUUUUAGUCGUUGCGGGCCUUGCGCCAGAUUACCCAACCGGUGUCAAAAUGGCUAGGGAGAGCAUUUCCAGCGGGCGAGCGUGGGAAGCGCUCAAAGAGUUUAGGGAUCGAGAUAAGGAGAGGGCAAAGGGAGGCCUUGGGGGUGCUUUGACGGAGGAGCUGGGUGGAAAGACCGAUUUAUUGAAAGAUUGA